AUGCUGCAUGUCUAUUACUGCCUGUUGCAUGUACUUUUCUCUUCCUCUCUCUAUGUAUAUAUUCUUGUUUUUUGUAGAUGGGUCUCUUGUGUGGUACACAUGCCAAGCAUACGUGAUAGGGAGGCGAGGGAGUCAACCCCGCUUGAGCAGACGUUUCAAGGAGAGGAACGGCGCAGACGUGGGAAGAAAGGGAGGGCAGUUGUGUACGUGAGUGACUUUAUGCCACCACCUCCAUCCUCGCCGUCGGUGGUGCCGCGGCGGUCCCAAAAUUGUCCACGACAGGGAAAAGAGGACGAAGAAAAGUUGUUGCGUGCUUCAGGGUCGGGGCGGGCUGAGGUCCCUAACCGUGAAAGGAAGGGACGCAGGGCGCAGCUUGUUUCAGGUGCAUUGACGGCCUUCCCGCCGGGGGCAUGCCUGAAGAAACCCACGGAGGCAUCAUCACGCACAUGGCAGCUGCACCGAAAAGGCAAGCGGAGAAACCCUGACACACCGUUCAAUCAUCGUGCGCAGUUUUCCAAACUGAAGCGGACAAUCUGUGAGGUGCGGAAGGCCGUCUUUGAAUCUCUCGGGAAGUCUCAGGACGGCGUUUCUUCUUGCGGGAAGUGUGUGAACAUGGAGAGAAAUUCAACGGAGCGUGAAACCCUUGUUGAGGAAGCGUCUGCAACAUCCGUUGACGCAUCCGCAUGUUUUAGUUCAAAGCAGAGGCAGCUGCUGCGAAUGCGGUGUCUUGUGACGGAUAUGGAGCGGGUGUACGGACAAAUUCAUAAGACAAUGCGGCAGAAGCACUACGCAAGGGCGAGACAACACAUGAAUCAAAUCCGACAGCUGAAGAAGCGUCUAAAUACUGCGGCGCUAAAGUGGCGCUUGAGUACCGUGGCAGAAGUGGAAGCCGAUGCUGCCAUUCAUACCCCUCGCCCGCUGCACCACGCGGUGGAUUUGUCCGGGCGCGUUGCGGCAGUUUCAGCGGCAUUCAACGAUCUCCAGCACGAUGAAGAUGUCGACGGUGCGGCGGACUUAACCGACGAACCGAAUUAUGUCAACUUUUAUCCUUCACUUGCGCAGAUGGGCGUUGGUUGCCACCCUCUUGCUGAAUGGAUUGAUCGGCGAAGCCAAAAGUACCCACGGCGACUUGGGAAGGAGGAAAUUCCCCGCCUCAUUGAGGGCGGAUACGAGAAUGAUGAGGAGAAGCGCAUCUUCUCUACGGGACCUGCGGUGCCAUCACCAGUGAAAUAUGUUGCAACGUGCUGCAAAAACAUUAUAACCGAUGCCUUGGAUGAUCUUGUCUUUACAAUACUACAAAAGCAGUAUCAUUUGCAGCGACGCAUGAAGAAGGAGAAGCCGCUGCAGUUUAAGGCGAGACGUUUCUAUUCGACCGGACUUCGGGAAACACUGAGGGGACUCCGGGCGGCUGCCACGCGUAUUCCUGUUGUGCUUAUUGCCUCAGAUAUUGAAGUUCAUGCUUCUUGGAAUUCGGAGGGGCGUUGCGAUGAGAAGAGGGUGGCUGAGGCGGACAGUCACGAAGUGCGCUGUGGAAAAAAAAAGACGGUGCAAGAGAUGGGCAUGGAUGGGACACUGGAGGAGAUCCGCGCACACUGCGAAUCGCACGGUAUUCCACUUAUCACAUGUAUGAGCCGUCAUCGACUGGCCUACGCUUUGUUUGCGAAGGGCUGCACCGUCUCUGCAGUCCUACUGCACUCAGCGGAGGGGGUGCACGAAGAGGUGAGGGCACUGCGGCAUUACGCGCAGCAUCUUUUCGAGGCCUUCGCGGCCAUUUCGGCGACACACCAGAACAUUCCUCCUGCGUCAUGA